AUGCGUCACUUGUGGGCCGCUCCCGCCCCUCGUCGCCCUAUAAACUGCUGCGCCAUCGGCCCACGCACAACUUACACCAGGAUGGAUGUCCAGCUUCUGCUCCUCUGUGUGUCCUGCCUACUGGGGGCCUGUGUGGGCAACACGGCCACCCUGCACCAGGCCAACAAGAAUGGCCAAUGCCUUUACACCUUCACCGUGCCCGGUCCUGUCGAAGGCAGCUGUCCACAGGCGGCGGGGGAACCGGAGAUCGAGGCCAUCAAGAACCGCCUCAGCCUCGUGGAGGCGCUGCUCAGCCGUGUCCUCCAGGGGACCCCAACAGCCAGCCAGGUGAGCCUGGAGCGGGAGAUGGCACGUCUGCAGGAGGAGAACAGGCACCUAAGGCGAACCAGUGCCACCACAGAGCUGGCAGCACAGGUGAGUGGCGGGCAGGGUGCCGUGUCAGGGCAGGAUGCUUCUUGGCUGCCUCCUCACUUUUUGACAUCCCCUUUGUCUGGCGCAGACGACACCCGUUUCUGGGAUCUUCGGGGCUCCAGUUUCAUGGAACUCAAGUCUGAGGUGACAGAGGUGCCCGCCUCCCAGAUGCAGACUCCACCCGCCAGUCCGCUAGAUUCAGGCUGUGGGGAUCUCGUGUGGAUUGGGGAGCCAGUCAGCCACAGAAAGGCAGACGGCAUCGCUGGCAAGUAUGGGGUGUGGAUGAGAGACCCCCAGCCGAUGCCCCCCUACACAGCCGAGACCGUGUGGCGAGCGGACACCGUGGGCAGCGACGUGCGUCAGUUCUUCUGUUACGAGAAUGGAGAGCAGUUUGCAAGGGGAUUUCCCAGCCGAGUGCUGGUCCUGCCCGAGGCGAUGGAGAGCACGGGGGCCGUGGUGUACGGGGGCUCGCUCUACUACCAGCGGCGCAAGUCUCGCACCCUCAUCCGCUACGACCUCAACAGCGAGAGCAUCGCCGCCCGCCGAGAGCUACCCCACGCCGGCUUUCACGGCCAGUACCCCUACUCGUGGGGCGGCUACACCGACAUCGACCUGGCCGUUGACGAGAGUGGCCUGUGGGCCAUCUACAGCACCAGCAAGGCCAGGGGGGCCAUCGUUCUGUCCCAGCUCGACCCGGCCAGCCUAGAGGUGCGGCGGACCCUGCAGACCAACAUCCGCAAGCAGGCCGUGGCCAACGCCUUCCUGGUGUGCGGCACGCUCUACACGCUGGCCAGCUAUGGCACUGCCAACUCCACCAUCAACUACGGCUUCAGCACGGUGGAGGCGGUGGGACGGCCACUGCACAUCCCCUUCCAGAACCGCUUCGGCUAUACGAGUACGGUGGAUUACAACCCCGCCGAGAGAAGACUGUUUGCCUGGGACAACUACCACAUGGUGACCUAUGAGGUGCGGCUGAGCCCCAGCCGGGGGCAGUGACGGGGGGGCAGGCGG